UAAAGAUGCAGUUGUGUAUUAAGGUGAUUUUUUUAGCACUGUUGCAUUUCUAUCCUAUAGAAUAGGUUAACCGUUGCAGAUUUGUUUAUUGCAUUUCAAAGUUGAUUUAAUGUUAAUAGACUUCAAAUGAAAAUACUAUUUAAAAAAAAGAUUUAAAAAAAAAUCUUAGUAACCAUAUGAUCGACUGUUUCAAUAUCACUGGGAUAGAUUACAUUAUUUUCUGAAAUAAGCCACUGAAGCAGUUCUCACAUGGUUUACUUUAAAACCAUCCCCUGGCAUUCUGAUCAUGAUAAGUAUGUAGUGAUAUAUAACCAGCAAUGUACUUAACCACGGACUAGUCAAAUCCCUGCCUGUUGGGAAUCAGAUAAAAAGCAAUGUAUACAGUGUAAUAAACUAAUCAGAAACAUCUUCCACAGACAAUAGGCUCUAGGAGCACAAAAGGUAGCCAGCACUAGGUGUAUAAAUGUCCUGUGACCAUUCCUCAAUGAUUAACUCUUAUAAUUCCUCCAGGGAAGUUGGGAGUGAAAAAGAGCUUCAUAUAUAUUACAGAAUACAUGGUAGAGUUCCACAGUAAAGUAAAGCACGAUCAAGUUCAUGUUUGAUUAUUAUGCUUUAUGCCAUUAAACCCAGUUUGCUGCUUAUUUGUCUUCAAGGUUUACUCAGUCUUGGCAGGAUUGCAUUAAUUGUAACUGCAGAUCUCACUCUGUAUUAUUAUCAAUGGAGCUAUUUUAUCGUCAGAAUCUGAAUUGUUUUUUAUUGCAGGCAGCAUCUAGAAAAUGAAAUAAACAAUCAGCAAUGCAGUUAACAAUAUAUACUUUACCACUGUAAAUGCCCUAACAUUAAUGUUUGGAAUUAUUGCUUUAUUUUCUCCAAACAUAUUUUUCAGACUUGCAAUAAAGGAUGUGCAGAACUCUUAUUCAUUGUCACUUCUGCAGUAAACCAGGACGAUUGACAGAUGCUGUCAUUUUGGUAGAAGUUCAAUUGUGUAAUCAAAUGCAAGACCUUCACAUUGGUAUACAUUGUAUUAUCUGCUGUCAUCUGUAACCCCCCCUGAAAGUUAUCUUUUUAAUGAUUCUUGUUAGCAGCUCCCACAAUACUCCCAAAGGGCAAAAUAUUUGGAAAGCAGCAGUCAACUGUUUCUGACCUCAAAAUAUUACAAAGAAACGAUAUUCUAGGAAUGCAUUAAAAUGCAAAAAAGAACCACUGGACAUUGUUUGUGCGUCAAACACUAAUUGAUCAAUUUGGUGUCAUGCUGUGUUUGAUGAAAAUUCUCACCCAUUUAUUUUUCUGGACACUUAAUUGAUGCUUACAUGAUAAAUGCUGAGUUUUUCCAUUGGUGUAUUUUGAAGCUAUGACUGAUGCAAGCAGAGCUGCAACACCAUAAUAUUAGAACAUGGAUCAAAUUUCUCUUCUUUAUGAUUUAAAAAGAACAAAGCUAAAAUGUUUAGUUUUGUGCAUUAACAAUGUUUAUUUAUUGUACUGUCAGCUGACACUGUUUGUUUGAAUUUUUCGCCGAUUUGAUUGGAGUUUGUAGGCAAGCAGUUUCUUAAAUUUAUUGACAGACAGCAUGACCUGUUUAAUAUAUACUCCUAUAUUAUUUAAAGAAUUACAGUUGUGUGAUUUAACAAAGUGGGCAGCUGCAUAAUGUUUUUUUUUCAUAAUCAGUUACAUUACAUUGGGUGAGAUGAUAUACAGUAUUUUUGUACCGUUUGUGUAAAACCCCACCUCACUAUCUUUUAACAACUAAACACACUCAGUGGUGUUGAUUUUGUUUAUUCACCAUUCACAGUAAUUGAAACAAUUGAAAUAAAACCUACAGCUGCUUGUAUUUGUGCUGAGUGGUGCUCUCUGUGGAGAGUUAUUGGUUUGUGCUGCUCUAAACAUUCUGUGCCAUCCAGCUUUACUGAAUCUGUGGGACAGGCGAGUAACACUAAGUUAAAUAUUCCCCUGAAGCCAUUCCACUUGCUCAAGCCACAUUUAUCAUAUUCAAUUCUGCCCUCUCUAAUAUUAUUAUUUUAACUACUGCAAUAAUUUUGUUGUUACUUCUAAGGAAAUAAAUGGUCCUGUGCCACCAUGAUCAUGCCAACAGUCUACGGCAGCAUCUGUCUCCUGGGUGUGAUCGGGAACGGGCUUGUCCUCUACACGGUGGCCCAGAAGACCACGCUACACUGCAAGCACACAGCCGCCGACAUUUUCAUGUUCAGCCUGUCGCUGGUGGACCUGCUGUUCUUGCUGGGCAUGCCCUUUCUCAUCCACCAGUUGGUGGGCAAUGGGGCAUGGCACUUCGGGGAGAGCAUGUGCACAAUCAUUGCGGGCAUCGAUGCCUCCAGCCAGUUCACGAGCACCUACAUCCUGACUGCCAUGACUCUGGACCGUUACCUGGCCACGGUCUACCCACUUCGCUCCUCCUACUUCCGCACACCCUCUGUAGCCAUGGCUGUUGUGGCUGGAGUGUGGUUCCUCUCCCUCCUCGCCAUCACCCCUGUCUGGCUCUACACCCGCCUGAUGCCCCUCCCUGAUGGCCAGGUGCGGUGCGGCAUGCUGCUGCCCAAUCCAAGCCGAGAUAUCUACUGGUACACCCUCUACCAGUUCUUCCUGGCGUUCGCCAUCCCCUUGGUCAUAAUCUGCGCAGUCUACAACAAGAUCUUACGCUACAUGGUGGCUGCUGUUGCCCCCCUCCAGCACAGCAAUCUGGAGGGCCGCACCAAGAAGGUGACCCACAUGGCUAUCGCUAUCUGUACAACCUUCUUCAUCUGCUGGGCCCCCUUUUAUUUCCUCCAGCUAGUUAACCUGGGGGUGACCAACACCCCUUUUGAGAUGGCCUACAUGGUGGCCAUCGGGCUCAGCUACUCUAACAGCUGCAUCACCCCCUUCAUCUACAUCCUCCUGAGCAAGACCUUCAAGAGGAAGAUCGGCGUAGCGUUCAAUCCUUCCAAGGGGAAGGUGCCUUCCACUCGGCUCAUUCCUGCAAAGGACGGCAUACCCAUGAUAGCUCUUUCCCAAUCCUCGGCUCGCCAUGCUGAUAUAUAAACACAGAUAACGGCAACAAUGUUCUGCUUUAAACUGACUUACAAUAGACUUGAAACACAGGUCCAUUACUGAAUUGUCAGACUUCAAAGCAAAGCAGCUUCAAAUAAAUCGUGCAAUUUAAACAAAAAAAAGCCUUGCUGUGUAACUCCACAUAACAAAGACACGAUUGGCUUUGAAGAUAUCAAGGUUAAAAUCUUCAAGGUUAUAACAAGUGUGAUCUCAUGACUAUGUAUUCACCUUUUGUAACUGAAUUUAAAUUGUAGUUUAAUGAAAAAUGCAGUUAUUCCAUGAAUGAGGAUAGAUGAAUAACCCACGUGCAUUCAAAGGGGCAGACUGGGUUAAUCCUAUCCUUAUUUGUUGAAUAACCACAGAUCUCUAUGUACUUUCGUAGUGUAUCCUUGAGCCCAUGACUAGAAAAAGUCAAUCGAUGAUAGAUCUUGACAUGCUUGUUGUAUAAAGAGCUGACUGUCUUCUACAAAUUAUGUAAAAUAGUUUGUUAGAAACCUAGUUUCUGAUAAAAUCCAUGGUGUAUAGAAAUCAAGAAAUAUAUAGACAUUGACAGUAAUGUUCCUGCAUUGAUAAUAGUGUUUAGUUUAUACCUAUAAAAUGUUUGUGUUGAACUGUGUGAUCUGGUAAUGUUACCUGAAUUUCCACCUACCUGAUUAGACCUCUCUUGCAAAACAUAUCUUAAUUUCAUUGGUUAAAAUCAAUAUAUUUACACCUAGGAGGAGUUGACCUCAAGGUAGGGGCAGGAGCAGGAACCCAGUCAAAAACUCUUGAUCCAUCUGGAAAAAUAAUAUGUGGGAUACAUGUUAAUAUAAUUAUGGUUUAAUUAAGCGUUUUAAAUGGAAGUAUAAUUAGUCUGCAGCUUCUAAUAAUUUGUUUAAGCAUAAAAUAGAAUCAAAUGUUGACCUGCUUCUGCAGUGUAUUUGUAAGUUUGAUUUUAUUUUAGCCCAACGAGAGAGUAAUUGCAUAUAACAGUGAUAUAAACACACUAAAUACAUAUACUACGUUAUACAGAGUAUGGGGCAUGUGCAGUACUGUAUAGGUGUUCCAUGAGAUUUGUGUGAAUGGGCCGGCCUUGCUACAGCAAAACAGAAAUAAACACAGUGGUUGAAGCAAAGCACAUCCAAGCGUAUUCGCCUUGUGUUACUCCGUGGGGCUCCCUGCCAUGCAGCAAAUAAGAGGUGCUGAAAGAGAACGCAAUUAAGAGAAAAUGUUUUUUCAUGUCAUAGGUCAUGAAUAUUCAUGAGGCAUGACACACAAUCAAAUUAUUGAAGCCGUUGCCAAACACUUCAACCUCAACUGUUUUAAUUCAAAGCCUGUCUGUAGCUAACGAGACGAUAUAAUUCGUUUUUGUUUUUGUUUUUGUUUAGGUUAUUUGGUUUGAGCACCAGAGCGUGGCAUAAAUAAGCAGUUUCUUUAUUUUCGUAUGCCUAAGACAGAUGGGGUGUGUGGGUGAGGGGUUUGGUUAGCUUUCAACUAGACCUUGCUUUGUAGGCGUGAAAGCUUGUUAACAUAAAAAAAAAAAAAAAAAAAAAACAACAAAAAAACCCUGUAGGGUAGUAAUUUAAUGAUACGAAUCCUGGUUAUAAAAUGAGAUGAAAGGUACAAUAUGAAAUCUCACUUGAUAAAUGUACAACCACCUGGUGUGCAGUCAUACAUUCAGGGGAGAGCCGGUUCACGUCCUGGAUUUCGCCAGGAGCGUUGCAUUAAUUCUUGCUCUCCCUCAAGCGAUGAAGGGCAAAUAGUUUGGGUAUAGUCCCCUACCAGCCAGGCACCCAAUGAGCUCAAAGCAGAAACUUGCAGAGCCCACUAGCUUGCCAGCACCCGCAGUAAUUGAUAUAACCACUGACUUUCAAUCCUCCUGAACUGUUGUUGGGGUUUGCUGCAUUGAAAGAAUAUAACUAGGUAGAUAAUUUGAAAACAAUUAGCCACACUAAAUUCAAUUGUGCUAUUCUAUGAACAUGAAAACAGAUUUCUAAUUUCUCAUACCAUGGCGUCCUGGGAUAAGCAGUUGUUCUUCCUUGUGCCUUCUCAAGUGCAACAUGUCUUUUUAGCAGCAAGGUGACUGGAUCAGUUUUUUGCCUUGUUUCUUAAAUAAUGCUCUGAUGAUAAACUGGUAACAGUCAAUUUUAAAUGCACUGUAUUUGCUUGCAGAAGUAUAGUAUAUUGAAAUCAUGUUAUUGAACAGUAGCACUGAAUACUAAUUUGAAACUAAAAUCUGUGUUUUAGAGAUACAGAGCACAAAACCAUCUGAAACAUGCCUUAAAUAUCAAUGUGAAAUUAAGGACCUGUAGCAGCAGAUAAUUUUUAUUGACAGUAAUUCAUCAUUAUAAAUCAUUGAAGACCUAACAACUCCACUCUUGAAAUACUGAUUUCCCUUUAAAAAUAAUGUAUUUGAUCAAAUGACAUUUCCUUAGUGACAGACUGAAAUGUCAUGAAAAUGUAAUUUUGAAUAUGUUUAUUAUUGCAUGGUGCUUAGGCUUCACUGACUUCUGUUUAAUUUUCUAAUGUUUUAAUUGUUUUAAUUACAGUUAGAGUACUGGUAGACAGUGUUAUAUAGUGCAAUAUAUUUAUGGUAAUGUGAUUUUCCUGUGACACUGGGCAGACAAAGCGUGGGCCAGUUUUGCCUUUUAGUGUGAGUGAAAAUUCUACUUAAGUUUGUGCACAAAACCUGGCCUGAAGUUGAAAAAAUGUUAAAUUAUGUCAUUAUUUAAUUAAUAAUGUAAAUCUCAAUUUUCCACCAAAGGUUGUGUGGCUUUCAUUAAGUGUUUAGAUGCAUGCACACAUACUGCACACACACAAACACACACACACACACAGAGUUCAGAUAAUUCCCUCACCUGAAUAGGAAGAAGUGUUAGCU